AUGAAGGGUGACAAGACGACGUCCCAGAAGCAAGCGGGCCGAAGCAAACCGGCGGGUGCUCGCGAAAGGUGUUCGGUGCGUCAUGAUGAUGGCGCCUUGCGGUCGACUUCGUCGGUGUCUUCAAACCGCAUCUCGGUCGUUGCGACAAAGGUUGGAGUUCCCGGGGGUGAAACGUCGUUUCCGACAACGACCCUUUCGCUAGGGGGCGGCGCUCACGGAAGGUCUACAGACACGACUGGUGACGAUGCCUUGCCGUCGGUGACUUCGUCUGCGUCCCGUGCCCAUGACCCGACCGGUGCGGCAACAGGUAGAGUUCCGGGAGACCGUGCGAAGAGGGCGUCUUCACGCCCGUCAUCCGCGAGUGCUAGCUGCAGAGCAGAAACCCGCAGGAAGUCUGCACUCUGUUCGACAAGCGACAUCGCGUUACCUUCCAUGUCGUCCGCCGAGACAAGCAGCGAUGACAAGUCUGCUAUUCCCACUGGACGUCUUGCGGAACUGGCGGCCGUGGGCGACGGAACUACGUCAGAGGCCAGCGCGAGCGACGCUGCUUGUCGCACGAACUGCCCCAAGAGGGCCGCGCGCAGGCCGUCUCGCUAUGAUGACGGGUGCUCGCCUUUCUUCAAGCAGCGAAAGUACAAAGGCCGCGCGUCGUCUGCCCCACAAAAGGAUCCCGUCGCUUCUGAAGACGACUUGAAAAUGCAAUGGUGUCGGGACUGUGGCAAGAGGUUGAUACCUUCGGAAGUUGUGAUGUUUAAAGGGGACACCGAAAGCGCAGUGGAAGAGGUGUUGGCGAUCAUUGACACUCGGAUAACGUCGUCCCUUUGCGCCAAGGACGACGUGGCACAGCAACCGCUGUUUAAAAUUACAAAUUUUACAGUAUACGACGAACAUGGGCAUGUAUGCGCCUUUGACGGAGGCCUGAUCGAAGCCGACGUGACGCUGUACCUUAGCGGCCACAUCAAAAGUAUUUGCGCGGACGACCCCGGACUGCAAGACAGUGUGGCUGUCGCAAGGGCGGGUCCCGUCGUCAGCUGGUGGACGACGGGCUACGACGGAGGCGUCAACGUCGUCCUGGGCUUAGGCACGGCGUACGCCGAAUACGUUCUGAUGAAGCCCAGUGAUCAGUACGAGCCCUACAUGAAGCGAAUGGGCGAGAAGAUGUAUCUUCUCAGGGGAGUCCUGGAGAAGCUAAUUGAGAGCAGCGGCGACGCCAGUUUUGACGAAGUCGUGCAUCACCUUGAAACCCUGGAGGGCCUACCGAUCGACGUGGGACCACUGACGCUCGAGACUCUGCACCAGUACUCGCAAUUCGUGGUGGACCAGGUUCAGGCGUACGACUUGGCAGACGACGCCGACGAUGGCACGCUGCUACUGGAUAGCGCCUUCAUCUGUGAUCUUAUCCGCAUCACCGGCGCUGUCAUCAGGAACGUGCCCAAAUGGAGGUCGUUACCAACCGUCGAACACAGGGAGGCCAAGAAGCCGAAGUCGCCGUUCGUGAUGCCCGCAGUGUGCAAGACGCUGGAAGAGCUCUGCAAGGCCGCCAGCAGUACUCCGAAGAGGUUGGUGCCCGCGAGGAAGAACAGAUGUGGAUUGUGCGAAGCCUGUCUGGCGUCCGAGUGCAAGGUGUGUGUGUUUUGCCUCAAUAUGAAGAAGUAUGGAGGACCGGGCACGUUCAAGCAGUGCUGCGUUCGUAGACGGUGCCAGCAGAGGCAUCUCCUGGACAGUGUUGACUGCACGGGCACUGACUCUAUGGACCAAGAAGUCUCGACGCUUCCCGAUGAACCCUUCGCGCAGAGGGAAUUCGUCAAAAGAUAUGGCAUCGAUGUUGUCUGGACCGGAGAAUCUCUAGGGACGAGCGAGGGCAAGACUUUCUACCAGUGCUGCAGUAUAGGAAGCGAUCUGAACGUGACUGUUGGAGAGGGCGUGAUUGUUCUUUCAACUCUGCUGGAUAUCAAGUGUUACAUUGGCCGUGUGACGCAGCUCUACGCUGACAAGGAAGGGAAGAAGUUUGCUCAUGUCAUCUGGUUCAGACGUUACGAGGAGACCAUAUUUGGCAGUUACUUCUUCGGUGUUAGUGGCGAGCUUUUCUCGACGACGGAAUGUGAUGAAGUGCCCUUGGAAGCCAUAAGAAACGUCUGUAGCAUCGUUUUCCAUGGAAAAGACGGUGCCCACGUAGACAUCGCGCGAUUGAAAGGGUCCACGUUCUUCUACAGGUUCCAGUGCCACGUGAAGACGUGCACAUUCACCGAGGCGAAUGCCGAAUGCCCGAGUUGCCUGUGUGCUCAGCAGCAAAAGUGCGCGAAGACGCUCGCGUACCUUCCGAAUAUAAACAGCGAUUGCUUUUUCGUGAAACCCAGUGCCAUUCGUGUGCCGCUGAGGCCGAAGCUAAGUGAGACAACGCAGGAAGAUAGUGUUGUGCCGGUACUGUCGGGCAACAAGUUUACCGAAAGUUACAGGAAAAUUCUGCGCCCCCCACAUAUAGAGGACUGCAACUCACCAGACCCGUAUCGCAUCUGCUGCAUUGUAUCCAAAGGACCGAAAGGGAAGACGAGGCGGACAAAUGGAGAUUCGACUUUGCUUGUGCAGCCAUUCUACAGAGAUUACGAAGUCACCGAAGGCUCCAAAGACAAGCUUCACCUCUGCCUUUCGCCGAAGUCCUUCUCUAUCGAACUGACAGAUGUCGUAGCUCCGUGCGAAGUGGUAUACAGAGUUGGCGGCUCCCUGGGCACAUGUUUUGACACCGUACGUCCUCCCUUCUACUUCUCGCAGUGCUACGAUGCGGAAGAGAACACAUACUCGGAGCCAACUGCCGAGGCGAAGCAGAUCGGCCUCCAUCUCGUCUCCUGUUCCCCCCCGCCGGACACCCUCAAAGCCAUCGACGUGUACUGCGGUUGCGGCGGUCUCUCACUUGGUCUGCUGCAGUCGGGAGUGGCCGAGACCGUGCUCGCACUGAGCGACAACGAGCACCACCUGAACACUUUCAGGAUGAACUUCCCGUUCGUGUGUGCACCUCGUUCGUGCCCUUCAAAUGUGCUUAGAGGCCUACAGUCGGGCAAGGCGAGUCUUGAGCUGUCAGUUUUCAAGAGAGGUGAAAUUCACCUGGUCUGCGGAACCCCGUCGUUCGAGUCGUCGAAGUGUAGCGACGGCCUGCCGCUGUCGAACUCCCAGCUGGCCACGUUCCUAGGAUUUUGCGAGUUCUACGACCCACAAUACGUCGUCCUCGUGGCCGAGAGGCGUGCGGUGAAGUACAACAAUGGUUCCGGACUUGUCAUUGCGCUGAAGUGCCUUUUGGACCUCGGCUACCAGACGUCCUGCAGCAUUCUCCAGGACGGCUGCUACGGAAUACCGCAGAGACAUCGGCGGCUCGUCAUUUUUGGCGCCAAGAGGGGACUCGCGAAGCUGCCUGCUUUCCCACCGGUCACUCACGCUUUCGACAUCCCGGAAAGACACCUGACCUUCUCCUUUGACGGGCGCGCCUACACUAGUCCUCUGGCGGCCACGUCGGCCGCGCCGUACCCGAGGACUACGCUGAGGGACGCCAUCGGAGACCUCGCACGUGACGGCGGAGCAGGGCCCGUUACGGAUUUCAUGCGGUUCUGCGGGAGACGUGGUGCGCCGAGCGACUCCGAUUGCUUCAAGCGGAUGAAUCCUAUGGCCCAAGCGAGGAUAGAACUCGUUCCCAGAACUCGCGGAUCGGACUGGCGUGACUUGCCCAACGUGGAGGUCCAGCUGAGUGACGGCACGACCGCGAAGCGCCUCGUAUACACGCACAAGUGCGCCUCGAGCCCGUACAGGCACCAGCGAGGCGUAUGCGCGUGCGCCGAGGACAGUACGACUCCGUGCGACCCCAGGUAUCGCCAGGAGAACACGCUCAUCCCUUGGAGCCUUGUGCACACGGCCCACCGCAGCGGCCAGUGGAGUGGCGUCUACGGUCGGCUCCAGUGGGACGGCUACCUGCACGGCGUCGUGGCCAACCCCGAACCGCUGAGCAAGCAGGGUCCGGUCAUUCACCCCGAAGAGGACAGGGUUAUCAGCGUGCGCGAGUGUGCUCGGAUUCAGGGCUACCCGGACGACUUCGUGUUCUUGGGUCCAACUCUGGAGCGGUACAAGAUGAUCGCCAUGAGCGUGGCUCCUCUUCUGGCGAUCGCUAUCGGCAGAGAGUUAGCCAAGACGCUGCAUUAAAUGAGCACUUUGACUGAUUGGAAUGUUGGUCAAAAAAA